AGAUACAUUUUUUUUUUAUUUUUAAUUAAAAAAUACAAAGAAUUGCCUAAAGAAGGAGCGAAAGGGGCGUUGCCGUAGAGAAGACAACGUAACUUGUCCCCGAAGGAGUGGAGUAAGUGACAGGCUGUCAGUUGGAUGAGGCCGCAGGUGCAAGAAGAGGUCUAUGGGGCCACGAUUGAUUGGGACUUGGAGCCCCCUGAACUCAUAGAAGGAGAUCUAGUCGAGCUCACGAUCCCUGGACGCGGAAGUCGACACUUUGACGGUCAGUUUGCGUGGAGGUCCAUAAUCUUGUCGGAGGACGMGUGGCUUUGGACGUACAGGGAGCACCGGCCGGCGCAAGGAGUAGGCGUAGUGAGAGCCUACUUGUAUUUAGGACCGGAUGCGAUUAGGGAGGCUGUAGUGGGCCUCGUGACGAYAGGGACUAGUGRCACGGUUAGCAGCGUGUUACGCUACCUARAGGACGAGGUAGCUGCCUUCCGAGCAGAGGACUCGAGCGACCCAUUGACCUUAUUUCACGGGCGCCCUCCUCUUGAUAUCUCGGGCGAGCUGGUGGUAGCACGGGACGGGUUUUUCCCGUACAGUGUUAGGAGCCUGCGAGCGGUAGUUCCGGCGUUCGUGGUAGAGAGCGUCUUUGGAGGAAUUGGUGGAGUAGUGGAGASAUACCUGGCCUAUCAGGAUCUCAAGAUCCUGGCGAGGAGCGCUACAGAUUUAAGCUACAUCUUUUAUUCACUCGCGACCGGAGGACUUCGUUGGGGAGACGAGAGGGUUCAGCUUAUAGAGCUGAUCCGCUCGAUAUACGACGAGUGGCCCCAGUCUCCGUGCGUUUGGGAUUGGCUAGACCGUGAGCUCCGAGCAGGACCCGAGUACGUGACCUACAUCGGGCRGCUCUUCUUAGACGACUGGGAGAGCUGGUGGGGUGAGAACACCGAGCGACCUCUGAUAUACGGCCACCAGUUGGCCCAAUACUAUCAAGAUAUAGGACAGGCCCCAUACCGAGUCGAGGACGAGUUUGACGACGGAGGAUGGGAGCGAGCGGGCGACGAGGACGUCUGGGGGCCGGACUGGGUUGACCCGU